AUGGAAUUCCCGAUGCUGGGUUCCAUGGACAAAGAGGACCUGGCGACGCGGCGCGCGGGAGGGAAGGGCAAGUGGCACGCCGCCGACCGCAGUCUACGGCGUGAGGCUGCCGUGCGGGCGGUGAUCACCAAGACCAUCCAUUCGUCCGAGGAACAUCCGCUCGGAAAGCGGCGUAUGGCACGCCUCGUCUCGGAGUCGAGCGACGGUCUCGCGGUCGAAGUGCCGUACUCGCUGAACCGGAAGGCCCGCUGGCUGUCGGGCUCCCCUGAAAGCCUACUGAGCUGCGAGCAGCCGGAUGGGGCCCAGGUGUCGGUGGUGGAAGCCGUGCAGGCACGCGGCUCCGAUAUGGCCACCGCCGUCCAUAGGCUGAACGCGGACGGUACGGUGGGUACGGCACGACCCAACGGAUAUGCUGCUCAUCCGAAUACUCUUCGUGAAAAUGCCGGAAAGAAGCGAAGGAACACGAGGCGUUCGGCUCGCAAUUCGAAGGUUGGUGUUGGACACAGAAAUGAGCCCAAUGACCUUGCUGAAUCUGAAGGAGAAAAUGAAGCUGCGGCGGAGCCAGGGCUACGCAUCGACUACACCAUCCAAAGAACCCACAUCAACCCCCGGGUUGCCAUGAAGAAGCAACAAAAAUUAUACAGCCGCGAACGCCGCAUCAUGCGCCGCGCUGGCGCCUUCCGCGUCGACCCCGAAGACCUGAUGACGAGCAGCGAGAUGGAGGCCAGCAUCCACGAUGACACUGAUACCUACAAGCCGAGCCGCGACUUCCGCUUCUGCCUCGCCGACUACAUGACGGCCCCGGUGUCAAACAUCGAGGUGGUGAGGAGGGGCAGUGUGGAAGCUCCACCGGUCCGUGAGGCACAUCUCGAAGAUGCGCUUAAGGAUGUUGAUGAGGUUCUUGCGAAAGAAACACUCAAAUCUCAACCAACUUUUGUCGACAUCACAACGAUCGCAAAUUCGGCCAACUUCUUCGAGGCGUUCGAGCUGUCCACCUCUCAAUGGAAGGACUUCAACUUUGUCGAACAAGUCGAUGGGCUGAAGUUUGGGCCCCGGUGGCUGGAUGCGGACAGAAGGCGUGUACUCAUCGAUGCCACUCCGCUAUUGAAGGCAGAGCAGUCGGGUCGCCCACUACUGUACAUUGUAUUGGAACGGACGCGUAGGAAUCAUAUCCGGGCUAUCAUCAACUCUCUCUACGCAGCACCGGAAAAUUAUGACAAGCUCAAAUUCCAACAACUUCUCGAGAAAUCGGGGCCAAAUGGGCUGGCCGAUCUUAUUCAAGCUUCCGCGGCUGAGGUCGCGAAAUGGGUGGAGAGGGCAAAGCCGGUGCGCUCGACACUGCCUGCUGCUCGUCGCCACCUUCAUCUUGGUUCUGCUAACAGCCGACAUCUGGCAAAUGCCGCGCACACGAUCGACGAGUACAGUAUGGCCGAGCUGUUGAGGAAGGAGAAUGAGCUGAUUACGGAUACGUUCGAGCGGCUGUCGUCGGAUGAGUGGAGCGAAUGUGAUGAUGAGGAGUUUGAGACUGUGGCAGCUGUACGGCCAUGCAGUGUGAAAUGCCUCUCCUGCGAGUGCUCCGAUCCCGCCGAGCUUUUCGAGCUGGACGAUGCCUGGCAAUGCCGCGAAUGCCUCCGCCACGAUGUGCUACACCAGAUUCGCUCCAAAAACGUGCCGCUCCACCUCACGCUGGUGACCGCUGCCGGCCAGUCUCCAUACGAUGUGCUGCCCUGCUUGCUGCCGCUUCCCAUCGUCGCCUUCUACACCAAGAUUGCUGCCACCGAGAUCCUGAAAGACUCCGGAACGGCUAUUGGAGAGCUGACGGUCUGCCCAGGAUGUAUGCAAACGGCCCACAUCGAUCGCCCAACAGAUACGACAUCAUGUGUGUGCGCUGAUUGCGGCAUCCUAUGGUGUUCGGCUUGUAUGGCGGAGCCACAUUGGCCGCUCGACUGUACUCAGCGAGCCGUGUGGGCGGAGAAGUUCGAGAAGCAAUACAUCUGCGAGUCGAUGCGUGACCAAAUCGAUAAGCACAUCCGCCGUAUCACCUGCGAGUGCGAUACCGUUAUCGAGGUGGGCGAUCUGACCACAUCAGCCGAGUGCCCGGAGUGUCGCCUCGAAUUCGACCCACGCACGAUGACCCUCUGCAAGCCAAACUUCCCCUACGACUCGAAGGCCCGAAAGGAUAACCUCCAUGGGAAACCGUUGCCGUUCUAUCACAAGAAGAUCGAGCUGAUCCCGCCGGCCCAGUUGAUCGCCAAGCAAUUUGCUGAGGUGUGUUCAUGGGCGCGUGGGGAGCGUUUGUCUGAGGUGAAGAGCGCCGCUUUCGAGAAGGUGAUGCGGAAAUGGGAUGCUAAGGAGGUCGAGCGGGCUCGUGAAGCUCGUAAAACGACGCUUUAUCUGAUCGAAUUCGGCAACGCCUGGCUGUAUUUGAACCGAAAGGAGCAAUCUGUACGCAGUGCUCUCCAUAAUCUACAGAAAAAUUACGAAGAAUUGUGUCUGGACGCAGAACGGACCCGCGGCUCCGCGCUGGCCCGUAAUGAU